AUGUCAGUGAAUGCAUCAGUAAACAAUGCUAGAAGUUUGUCAGAAGGUCAUAAAUCAGUCAGACGCUGUUAUUUGCCCCAUCACCCGGUGGUUAAAGAGGCCAGCACCACCACGAAGGUGAGAGUGGUAUUUGAUGCUUCUUGCAAAACAUCUUCCGGAAUAUCCCUUAACGAUUCUUUGCUUGUCGGUCCGGUUGUUCAAAAAGAUCUCCUACGUUGCCGCACCAAACAGUUCAUAAUAGUCGCUGAUGUGAAAAAAAUGUUUCGUCAGAUUGAAGUUCACCCAUCCGAUCAAUCUCUUCAGUCGAUUCUAUGGAGAUCUUCGCCUACCGAUGAGAUUUCGAUCUACGAACUUUGCACGGUGACCUACGGAACAAAACCUGCACCUUUUUUGGCCACACGCACGCUUCGACAACUCGCUAUGGAUGAGAAGGUCAAUUUUCCACUAGCAGCAAGGGCUGUUCUCGAAGAUACGUAUAUGGAUGACGUAAUCACAGGAACAGAUGACGCCUCAGAAGCCAGAAUCUUACGAAGUCAACUGGAUGGUUUAAUGUCAAGCGGAGGCUUUCGCUUGAGGAAAUACGCGUCUAAUUGCUUGGAGAUCUUAGCCAAUAUACCCCAAGAAAACUUGGCGAUUCCUUGUUCGGAAGGAAUAUCACUUGAUCCCAAUCCAUCGAUUAAAACUUUGGGCCUUACUUGGAUGCCUGUGUCGGACGAAUUUAGUGUUCAGUUUUCCUUGCAACCCUUAGACGAUAGCGAGCCUAUAACCAAACGUCGAAUUCUAGCAAUAAUUGCUACAUUGUUUGAACCUCUGGGGCUACUUGGAGCCACAAUUGCAAGCGCGAAGAUCUUUAUGCAACUGCUUUGGACGUUGCAAGAUGAAAAUGGAGAAAAACUUAAUUGA